AUGCGGUGGGCGUGUUUACGGCGCUGAUGUAAACAGAAAGGACCAUUUUGAUCAGACAAAUCUAGAAGGCACAGUAACUAAUCAAAGCUUUUGUUUUCACCUAUGCAACGCCUUACAUAGUACCCACGCCAUGGACUUCUACAUUAACCUGAAGGUGACUUUUCGAGGAAAUGCGAAGAGUUUCUUGCUGUCUGGCUCAGAGACGAAGAGUUGGGAGUCUAUGGAGGCCAUGGUGAAGAGGUCUUUUGGCCUGUGUAAUUUACAACUAACAUAUUUCGAUGAGGAAAACGAAGAGGUAUCAGUCAACAGCCAAUUGGAAUAUGAAGAAGCCCUGAAGAGUGCUGCCAGACAGGGGAACAGGCUACAAAUGAAUGUGUAUGAGACGAGGGGCAGUAGAGCCACAGUGCCAGGACCGGGCCCACCACCAGGGUCAGGGGUGGGCAUGGCCCAGGUGAAACCUGGUACUGUUGGAGAACCCAAGAAGGGAUUCAGGCCUCCUCAGCACUGCCCUACUUUGGCACAAGUGGUGAGUCGCAAAGUUCAGGCCGCAGUCCAAGAGGAAGGAUUGGUAAUUGUAAAUGAACUUAAAGGUGGGAAGGCAGAGGACAAGACACCCCCAGCUUGGUUCACGUCAUACAUGGAAAAGUUUAAGGACCAGGUGGUUCGAGAGGCAGUUGAGAAAAUUUGUAGGGAGUUCUCUGGACAGUGCUGUAUCCAUAAGCCGGUGGGAGCAGAGGCUCAGGUGCCUGAGGUCACCUCGUCCACUCUUCCUGGGGCCCCAAGUUCAGCUCCAGCCUGUAGCAGCUGCCGGGGCCAGACCGCAGGUGGCGGAUACCAGUGCAGUGUGUGUACAUCCUGCACUCUCUGUGAGCCUUGCAGCUUCUCACAUGAUCCAAGCCACAACCUUGUGAGAGCCAGAACUCCUCUGUCUAUUCCUGAGCAUGGCUCGCCAGCACCAGACCACAGCAGGUUCUACAGAAGGGGUGACCGGAGCUUUCGUAAGGCUGAAAAGCAGCGUCUUAAAGCGGAGAAGCGUCAACUGAAGGCUGAGGUGAAGGAGAUCAGGAAGCAGCUGAGGAUGGAGAGGCGAGGCCUGCAGUGGAGCACUGCUGGAGAAGGGAACUCUUCACCUGUCCUGCUGCAGCCACGAGCCACACAGGCAAACAGCCCUGAUCGUCCUAAGCGUCCAUGUCCACUAGCUGUGCCAGCCAUGACAGCUCUGCUGCUGGAUGAAAACCUGCCUGACGGGUCACGUCUGCGUCCUGGGACCAAGUUUAUAAAGUACUGGAAAAUGAAAAAUAGUGGCAGAGUUUGCUGGGACUCAGAGACCAAGUUGAAGUUCAUGUGGGGGAACCUGGCAGUGGGCUCUGGAGAGAGAUGGCGAGAGGUGCCAGUGCCCACACUACAGCCAGGCCAGGUGGGUGUGGUCAGUGUGGCUCUUUGUGCUCCGACAUUAGAGGGCACUUACACAUCCCACUGGCGCCUAGCUCACAGAGGAGAGCAGUUUGGACCACGUGUUUGGUGCAGCAUCGUUGUGGAUCCACAUGCACCUACAGCCAUCUGUGCAGACGGGCUGCUGGUGUCUCCCUGUGUCACCCCACAGGAGAAGUCUUCCCGCACUCUUGAGAGGGAGGAGAAAUGCCGGGCCUCAAGGGACCAGUUACUUCUGUCCGUGAACCAAGACUGCGAUCAGGAAUUCUACAUUCCAUCUGUGGACUUACUCACAGCUCAGGACUUACUGUCUUUCGAACUGCUGGACAUCAACAUUGUGCAGGAGCUGGAGAGCGUGCCCAACAAUACUCCUGCGGACAUUACCCCAUGCAUCUCACCUCUGCCCCAUGACGGACCACAUCAGGAGAAACCAACACUGGGACUCAUCCAAGAGGAAACCGAAGCCCAAGGUGUCAGCAACAUCCUGGAUGUGGCUCAGGGUACAGAGUUGGAGGGAGUCCCAGCACAAGAGAAGGGAGAGGAGAACAGCAUUGGGCCUCAGUUUGUCAGUCCAUCUGUUAUCCGCUCACUCACUCUUGAAGUUGCAGAGCGUGGGGCACUUUGUGGAAGAUACCCAGCUAAAGUGGUGCGUCCUGCACCCCAGGGUUCGAUGUCACUGUGCGAGAGAAAAUCAGAGAGAGUUUCAGAAACGGGACUAAUAUCUGCUCCAGCUCCACUGAAAGUAGAGGCACCUCUACUGUCUGACCCCACCUCACCACAGACUGAGACCACAGAGAUCACUGUGCCCCUGCUAACACUUCCAGCACAUCUUAUCAGCACAGACGAGGGUCAUGAAUCUGACAUUGAGCAGAUCCUGCUGGAGCCUACAGGUGGAGAAGCGGUAGAGGAAGGGGAGGAGGAAGUGGAUAAGAAAGAGCAGCUGAAGUACCCAGAAGCACCCAAAGAAGCCCGCAGCAGAACUUCCUCAGCAUCUUCAGAAGACUACAUUAUCAUCCUGCCUGAUUGCUUUGACACCAGUCGUCCGCUUGGAGAGUCCAUGUACAGCUCAGCCCUGUCGCAGCCUGGAGAUGAGCCUACUGAGGGGGACAAACUGGAAUCGGUGGAGACCCCGGAGCUCCAGAACCCUUCUGCUGCCGUCAGUGCGGAUGCUAACGAUAUGCUCUGUGCCUCCCAGACUCUGGACGCUGUGCCGCUCACGCCUGUGAUUGUAGUGGCACCCCGACCCUCAGUCAGAUCCUGUGCAGAGACACAAGAGCAGAUGGAUGAUGGAGCAAAGGAGCAGGAGGGCAGUGAUCCUACAGAAGCAGGAGAUAAAGAGAAAGAUUCUGAACCAAAUCAGCCUGACCCUGAGAACACUUUAGCAUCAGCCAAGUCUGAAACAGAAGAGCUCAGGGCAAACAGCAUCACCGGUGGAUUAGUGAAGGGUGCCCUGUCUGUGGCAGCAUCUGCCUAUAAAGCUCUUUUCACUGGACAGACUGGCUCUGAGAAGCUCCCAGAAGAUGCAGCUUCUCAAGACGCCAUGAUGGCGGUGCUGGUGGAGAUGGGCUUCGGUGAUCGAGCUCUAAACCAACGUCUACUGCAGAAACACAACCGCAACCUGCUGGACGUGGUAAACGAACUAGUGCAGAUGACCGACAACGACUGGUACACGACACGCUACUGAGACGCUGGCCAAUCAUUUUGUUUCUCUUAUAUCGGUUUGAUUUUGUUUUCUCUUUCUCUGUGCAGUCGGCAGCCCAUUCCAUCAUACAGUCUUUCAUUCCAUUUGGGUUGUAAAGAUAGUGUGUGUGACUCUGUUCUGCUCCAAUGUGUAACGGAUAAUCAUUAGAGAAGCAGUUCAUCACCAUAAUAACCGUGCUUGUUCAAGUAUGUUGUUAGUGGGCAUUAAUGUUUGAUCAUGGGAAGCUUAUGAACACUAAUAGGUAAUUCUUAUUUCUAGACUCUCCAAGAAAUAUGCUUGGAAGCAACGGUGUAUUUCACCACAAAUCAUUCUAAUGAUAAAGCUCUGCAAUGUGACUGGAUGUUUUUACACUUUAUAGGGUUUUCCAGGUUAAGAACAGUUUUUUUUUUUUUUUUGGAAAAGUGCAAUAGAUCUGGCUUUUGUGUAAACUUUAAUUGUCAGCCGAGACCAAAUAGAGGAAAAACUUUGAGGCUUCUUAAGUUUAAAGUCUUCACUUUAGUCGUCUUACGAGAUGACAUUAAAUUAUUCCUUGCUGGAGAAGUCAAUAUUGAGUUUAGUGUAUGAAUGUGUUUUGUUUUCAGUCAUUUUGAGCUGUUAUUGCUUAUAAUACAUGCGAGAAUAAUUAUAUUGAAGACCACCGAUUCUAUUCUAAAAGGUCCACGAAAUAGGGCACACACUGCACUUUGUGAAUGGAUUGCCAUGCGAAUAUACGAAAAACAUCAUGGCUUGAAGUGGCAAUGCAUUCAAGUAGAUUAAUGGACGGCGUUUUAAUUUAUGCUUUAAAUAGUUAAAGACCGCAGAGGCAAUCAUGGCGUAUUUAAUUCCAAUUUUACAUAGAGACACAUCAUAGUGAGACAAAAUACAGCCUACUAUUCAUUCCAAAAUAAUUAUAACAUCACGCAAAUGAUAUAUAUAUUUUGAUAAAUAGCUCUUGUAUUUAGUGAAGAAUGUAUGUCUGCGCACUUAUUCUUCAAUGGGAGAUUUUCAAACUACCUACUGUUUAGAGUGUUGAAGGCAUUCCCUUACAAUCAUUUAGCGUCUCCUGAUUUGCUUUAGUCCAUGAAGCUCACGCAAGUGGUUCGUCUAUGGUUUAACUGAAUAAUCAGCUACUUUAACUUCCAGAGCUAGGGUUUAAUUACGUUUAACACAUUCCUUUAGGAAAGCUGUAGCUGGUAUUGGUGCUUGCAGCGAUCAUUCUAGGUUCUGGGUGGAACUGUAUGUAUGGAUUGUAAAGCAUAAUCAGUGGAGACAGAUGCACCUCACUCUGUGUUUGAUGCCUGAAUGGAGUAUUCAUAUCGUCUCUGCAUCUAUGUACACAUCUGUCUGUAAUAAAUAUCCUUAUAAGUCUAA